CCCCCCCCAGAGCAAGAACACGGGCGACACUGGGCCAGCUUCACAAUGGCAAACUGGGAAAUUGAUCUUAACCUUCGUAGAAACCUGAUUGGAACUAUUGAUGAGCUGUUGAGAAUCCGCCGUUCCCAGAUUGACUGGCUGGACAACUUCAUAGAUGAAGUCAAAACUCAAGAGGUCAUCAUCAACUCGGGAAAGACGGCAUCAACAGCAAUUGCCAUUGCUAGCACUGUUGCUCUGUUCACUCCAUUUGCUGUCUUUGGUGCAAUAGGACUAGCAGCAAGCAGUGUAGGUGGUGUUGGGUUCGCCCUGGGUGACUUCAUUGCCAACAAAAUCCAGAACAGUAACUUGGAAGAUCAACUGAAAGAAUCCAAGUCUGUGGAACAAAAACUAUCUGACCUUUUGGAAGAUUUGAACAGUGCUGCAAAGAGACUGAGUCAACAGCUUGGAUGUACGGUGGAAAUGGCUCGCAGACUUAUCCUCUACAUGAAGGAGAUCCAUGACAUCAGCGUAGACCAAGGGGAUGACUUCCUGCAUAUUGGUGCCAAUGGAACAACUGCCGUUAUUGACCUUCUUGUAACAGUACCUCACCUGAAGAGGGUUGCAGAUGCAAUGAAUUUUGGCUACGGGUUCUACAAUGCUGCAAAAAUCUCCAGCGCUGCCAAUGUUGCCAUGGUAAUUGAGGGCGGAGAGGCAGUGUACCAACUCUCAGGUGCGUUCAUUGGUUUAGCUUCCAAAACUCUAGCCAUUGUAGGAAGUGUAGUCGGAGUGGCUGACGUUAUCUACAGCUGGGCCAAGGACAACCCUAACCUAGCAUCUGCCAAAGACUGUCUCAAAAAAGUCAAGGAAAACAAGCGUGACCUUGAAGCCAUGAGGAGAGCCUUCAAUGUGAGGUUUGAAGAUCUGUGACUACUUCUAUAGCGAAGUAAAUGGAACAUUCUCCAGAAUCAGAAUUUCUUUAUUGUCCUGGAUUUCAGAUGUACCUUCUGGCAAUUUGUUUCUAAUCUUAAGAUCUUUUUCAGAAAAUCCUUCUCUGUACCACUUCAUCAUGAAGCUGUAUAACUGCUGAUACAAAAUGCAAAACUUGCACUGUUCGCAAUUUCUCCAAUCACAGCCACAGAAGCCUAUAACUUCUUCUGGGUUGUCUAAGUGUCUUUCCUCUCUUAUCUGCUUAUACAGCUACUAGGGUUUUGAGAACUGUCGCUUCCACACAGAUUUGUCAUAGAGUGCCAUACUGUUUGUAUUUCUUCAUAAUUCAUGUUAAUAAAGUCCUAGACAUAAUCAGUGUCUAGGCAGUGUUGAUGUAUCCACUCCCUCACUUGUCUGAAGAAACUGUAUGUAUGUAAAAGUGAUGCUUUACAUAUGUUAUAUUAAAGCGAGCACUUAUUCACACCAUCAGCUUGGCUUUUAGA